GAAUCCUUAGUAGAUCUUAAGCUACAGUCCGAAAUCAAGAAGCAGCGACACAUUAUGUCCACGAAAACAGUUCCAUCCGAGACUCAAGACACCAUGAAUGUUCUCAUCACGGGGGCUAACAGAGGAAUUGGAAAGGCUCUUUUUAAGGCUUGGGCAUGUAGGCCCAACCACACUGUAAUUGCCGCAGUACGGGGCCCUGAUAGCGAGAGUUCUAAAGCGCUGCAUUCCUUUGCCCUUGGACGAGGCAGCAGAGCCAUACUGGUCAAGAUCGACAGCGCCUCCGAGGCAGAUUUCCCUACGGCUAUUGAAACCCUCAGAUCGCAGCACGGCAUUGAAAAGCUGGACCUAGUCAUUGCCAACGCAGGCAUCUCAAAUUACUUUGGAAAGGCGACCGUUACCCCGGUUCAGCAAAUGCUGGAUCAUUUCACAAUCAACGCCGUUGGCCCCCUGCUCCUUUUCCAGGCCGCGUCGCGUCUGCUGUCGGCAUCACCAACGCCAAAAUUUGUCGCCAUCUCGUCUGGCGCUGGGAGCAUUGGCGGAAUGGAUAAACUAAUGGUCGAGAACACGGCCUAUGGCUCAUCCAAAACAGCGUUGAACUUUAUCACCAGAAAGAUCCACUUCGAGAAUUCGUAUUUGAUUGCGUUUUCUAUCAAUCCUGGCUGGCUGCAGACAGAUCUUGGAAAUCAUGCAGCCCAGAGCUCGGGUUUGCCGCAGGCUCCCGUUGCCGUAGAAGAUGGUGUGAACGGCAUAGUUAACGUCAUUGACAAAGCGACGAGAGAGAAGACAUCGGGAAGGUUUUGGUCUUGGGAUGAGCAGGAACUUCCAUGGUAGCGGUAAAUGCGAGUAGAGACUGUUCAUUGAGACAUCAUAGGCGCAAGUAUGACAUGAU